GUCGUGACCCGCGCCGUGAACAGCGUCACUCUCCGCAAGCCCAAGGAGAAGAAAGUGGAGGAGAAGGUUGAGGAGGCUCCGGCCGAGGAAGAAGGUGGCGACGAGGAGGAGGAUGAGGAGGGCGAAGAGGGCGCUGAGGUCGAAGAAGCGCCGCCUGAGGAGGAAGAGGAAGAGAUCAUUGAGCUCACCGGAAAGGAGCUUAAACUCCGAGUUGACUU